AUGGAGAAAGAAGCUCAACUAGCGAGGCAUCGGUUUGCGGAAAGAUAUGAAUAUCCGAGCCUGUGGGAGACCCAAGAAAUGAUUACAGAACUGGAAAACAGAUAUUUGAGGUAUCUGGAUGCUGAGACAUUGCCACCUACAGAACAGGAUUUUGAUCUCGGGAAGCCGCGGUGCACUGUUUCUAUGUAUUCGUCGCUUCUCGCACAACAGCGAAUUGCUAAUCUUGAAGGACUUGCACGUGCCAGGCAACACAAACCGAAGCGCAGAAGAGAUGAAGAUGCUCGUUUGCAUGAGGAGUAUGUCAAGAUGCACACGCUUGGAGAAGCUGAUGGUGGUGGUGUGGAUGGCGACAAUGAUGAAAAUCUAGAGGCUUUGGUGGAAGAGACAAGUGUAGUGAAAAAGGAAGUCUUCCCGCCGAUUGGUUUGCGCCUCACUGCAGAAGAACAGAAACAGCUUUUGCGCUUUGAUCUGCAAGGUCGUAAGAACGAUUAUGUGAAAACAUUUCUGCGGGAGACUUGGAUGAAAGAGGAUGUGUUUGAGGAUCUCCGGCAAGAUCUCUAUUGCAGUAUACGAGAGACAAAACCAGAGGAUGAGGAUGAAAAUGUCGAAGCACACCCGGACGAUCCGGACGAAGUAGUUCGAUUGAGCGCUCUCCGGGCCUUACUGCCUCUGCUCCCGCGAGAUUGUGCUCGUUUCACAGAUCAGAACGUGUACGCGACACCGUCUGCCAUGCUGUCGGACAUGGUCGCAAAGCUACCGACCGCGGGCAGGUUGAACGAGGAUCAGACGCUCUUUAUGUUGCGGUUUGGAGAUGUGUUAGAUACUGUCUGGAAAGAAGAACAAGAGUUGCCACCUGAAGAGAGAUCUGUAUAUCACAUGUUGUUACUGGGACAGGGCGGAUCCGGCAAGACGCAUGUUGUGCAAAAUUUGAUAUUUCCGGUGGUGCAGUUCAUCUGGCCAUCAAGCAAAGAAGAAGAGUCUUUGAUGGUUGUUGCGGCCAAAAACUCGCAAGCCAAAAACAUUUCUACAGAAGGUGUGCGAGCGAAGACAUUGCAUAGAGCAGGUUGCAUGCGGAUCCAAAGUUUGAAGAAUCAGGAUAUGGCUCCAGGCAAGAAGGAAAAGGCUUUGGAGAAAACUUGGAAGAACGUUCGUGUCUUGAUCAUCGAAGAGAUCAGCAUGGUGUCGGCCUUGCUGUACAAUAUGCUUGAUUUUCGCGCCAUGUGUGGUCGUAGGCUUCCUUUCAAGGUGGAUCGAGACACGUACAUGAAAGUGGGUUGUGCUUUCGGGCGGGUGCCCAUCGUCAUUCACCUGGGUGACUUUUUCCAAUUGCGUCCGACUGGUCAGAUAUCCUUGAUUGAAGAUCUGAACCGCCGAGAUGAAGAGGGUCAGUAUGUCCAUAAAGAGGUCCCUGGUAUAGAGGUUCAGCAUGCGCAAAAACUGUUCUCUGAAAUCCCGGAUGUUUAUGAGCUACGCGGCACCAUGCGCUUCAAGCCGCAAGAUCCACUUAUCGAAAUCUUGCAAUGCAUGCGGCUUGGCCACACGCUGCCGGAUAGGCUCUGGGCUCAGUUCCAGGAGCGUGUGGUACGAGAUGAGGCUCCCGGCAUUGCUGAUGCUCGUUUGGAUUCGGAGAACUUUCAGUCUGGGUAUUGUAUGUCGAUUUACUGGGCAUCUUUGAUUCGCAUGAUGUAUCGUCGCAGCGUCGCACCAUCUUACAGGCGAGCCGACGCAAUCAGACACUGGUCUUUUUGCAAGCUGCUGAUACUUGUAUGGGCAUGA